GCGGCGAGGCGCCGGAGGAGGAAGUGGUGCGCCUGUUGGUGUUUCUGCGCCCACCGCUGGCUCUCGGGGCUGAGAGUGGGGUCGUACCGCCGCUGCGUCGCGUUCCCCUGCUGGUCCCCUCCAUGUGCCCGGGCACCGCCGCUCCCCUUCCUCAGGCCGCCGCUUACCCCGGGGUCUAUGGAAGUAAUGGAAGGACCCCUCAACCUGGCUCAUCAACAGAGCAGACGAGCAGACCGUUUAUUAGCUGCAGGAAAAUACGAAGAGGCUAUUUCUUGUCACAAAAAAGCUGCAGCAUAUCUCUCCGAAGCCAUGAAGCUGACACAGUCUGAGCAGGCUCAUUUGUCACUGGAAUUGCAAAGGGAUAGCCACAUGAAACAGCUCCUUCUUAUCCAGGAGAGGUGGAAGAGGGCGAAGCGCGAGGAACGGUUGAAAGCCCAGCAGAGCACAGACAGGGACAUCGCUAACUAUCUUCAGGCAUCUCACAGACCCUCUGCGGAGGAUGCAGAGGGCCAGAGUCCCCUUGUUCUUCAGAAGGGCAGCCCUUCCACAGAGAAACACCUGCCUGAAAAUCAGCGGGUCUUCGACAGGGAUCCAGACACACUACUCUUCUUACUUCAGCAGAAGAGUGAGCCAACAGAGCCAUGCAUUGGAAGCAAAGCCCCAAAAGAUGACAAAACAAUUAUAGAGGAGCAGGCAACCAAAAUUGCUGCCUUGAAGAGGCAUGUGGAAUUCCUUGUGGCUGAGAAUGAAAGAUUAAGGAAAGAAAAUAAACAGCUAAAAGCUGAGAAGGCCAGACUUCUAAAAGGCCCAGUGGAAAAGGAGCUGGACGUAGAUGCAGAUUUUGUGGAGACCUCGGAGUUAUGGAGCUUGCCGCCACAUUCAGAAACCCCCGCGGUCUCUUCAACCUGGCAGGAGUUUGCCACGAAUAGUGGGAAAGCCAAGGACAUUCCAAUUCCCAAUCUCCCUCCCUUGGAUUUUCCAUCUCCAGAACUUCCCCUUAUGGAGCUUUCUGAGGAUAUUCUGAAAGGACUUAUGAAUAACUAAAAUGGAUGACUGUAGAAGAGAAGAGGAACUAAUACAGUUAAUCCAGAAAAAGCAAAAGGGAAACCCACACGCCAGGGUGGUCCUGGAGAUGCGUCGCUCUCUGGCGUACUACAGAAGAGGCGCUGCCAGAACUUGGAAAACAGUCACUGUGAAAUAUGUUACCUGUCGGAUUGACUGACUCGGUAAUGAUUCCGGACUCGGCAGACACUAAACUCUUGGAGGGUCACUCUUCUCCUGAUGCAAACCAAAUGGCUACCUGGAAUUAAGUUUUUCAAGCAACAAUUUUAUUUUUCUUAUCUUCAGGGUUAAAAUGUAUAAAACGUAUGUUAUGUGUAAUUAAUCUAUAAUGCCAUAAAUGAUAAUGCAAACCUAAAUAAUAUGAUAGCCUGAGGGGCUGCCUUGUAUUUGAAACGUGCUUUCUAUCAUGCAUUGACUGUAUGCAUUUUGUUAUGCACAUUUUGUUUAAAUGAGGUGUGUAAGAUACAGUACGCACCUUUCUAGAUGAAACCAUGUGCCACACUUUGCACUACUCCUAACAUAAUGAUAACCUCAAGACUAUCAGGAGAAAUAUUUAAAUUUCCAUUUUAUGAAGAAAGGAACCAAAUUAUUAGUUAUGCUUUUUUAAAAAAUGACCAGUUUACAUAAUUAAUCAGGGUGCAUUUUAAGUUCUAACUUUUUUUGUUUAUUCUGUAGGCGUCAUUUGACAAUACCGAGGAAAUAUCCUUUUGUUUUUAAUGAUGCAUGAGUGGAAGUCAUGCUAGUUGGCAGUAUUUGGUUGUAAGAAAUCAAUAAAGUAAUUGUGUUUUAUACCUUCGUUGGAUGUGGUUGGUAGUUACAAAGCAAGUUUUGUAUGGCUUCUGUGUUCUAAACUUUGAAUAUGAAUUUGAGCAGAUGCAGUCAAAUAACUAACUUGGUGCGUUAACUGUUUGCUUCAGUGUUUCCCUGCAGCUAGGGAGAGAGAACACAAAUUCCUGAGGUUUAAAUGCAUUCCCAAACUUUUUCUUGACUCAGCACAUAUGGAAAACGCUCAGGGCUACUUUUGGCUGGAGGUCCCCGCUCCUGGGGCACCAGCCAUCCUGGCAGGGCACCCUGGCUGGGGAAGCCCCGCCUUGGCGUUUUCCUGCAGUCAGAGAACGUCCUGGGAGUGAGUUGGAAGGGGAGGAGGGAGAUACAAGCAAAACACCGGGGCACAAGCCAUUGGGCUUGUCUAAAGUAUGACCUUAGUUUUUUGUGUGGAAUUACAGGAGUGACAGAAAUGUGAACGGAAACCAUAUUGCCUCCUGGGAGGGAUUCAGGGACGGUGGCUUGAGGGAGUUUGGGCUCACAUGCUUAGUGAUGAAACUAAGUAGGAUCAGAUGAGGUAAACCAUCCAGAGGUCGUUUUUUUCCUGCCUCGUCUUGCUACAGGUGAAUACCAAAAUUAAACUAGGUCUUAAGAGUUCAGUUCUGUUCAAAGUCAAGUGUUAUUUGUCCAUCUCAGUGUUGUAUUAUCCCAGACUCUGAGGACAUUUGCUUGCCUAACUUUUCUUAACAAAACUUGAGAUUUGAGUUUGUGCCAAAAAUAAACUAUUUUCUUAGCCUGACCCAUUUCUCUUUUAACGAAUGAAAUUUGUUAUGUUUGACAUGAACAUUUUCUAAUUCCAUCCACCUCUUCUACCACUACUUCCUCCUCUCCUCCCUUGACCUUCCCUCCCAUUAUGAUUAGCAAUUUGAUGCAUAUCUUAGAGGACCUUUUCCAAGCAUUUUUGUUAACAAAUGCAAGUUAACAGACUAACCUUACUUUUCCAUUUUCUCUGAAGCUCUUAUUCCUACUAUCUAGUACUCUUGUUUAAUCUGUAAGUCUUACAUCAUUACAAUGCAUGUGCCUUUCGGCCAGGAAUAUACAGUACCUUUGCAGCAUUCUACCCGAAGGUUUUUCAGAGACUAGAUAUUGGAAAAAAAACAACCACCCACUUGUUUUAUUCAAUUGUAGCCUCUGAGCACAUGGCCCAUCUCCUGGCUGGAAUUUUCAGGUGUUCAUGUGUCUUUGUCCAGCAUGAGGCACUGGAAGGCACUUAUGAAUAAGCUCGCUUCUCCCAAAUAACUAUGCGCUGUGCAUGUGCACAAAGCUGAACAGGCUCUUCUUCCUUACCCAGUGGUAGCCUGUUGCUUUUGAAUCCAAGUAACUGUUGUUAGGUGCCGUUGAGUCAUAGUGAUCCCAUGUGACAGAGUAGAACUGCCCCAUGGGGUUUUCUUGGCUAUAAUCUUUACAGAAGCAGGUCACGUCACUAGGUCUUUCUCCCGCAGAGCUGCUGGGUGGGUUCAAACCACCAACCUUUUGGCUGCUGCUAACCAUUGCACCGUUAGGGCUCCUUUCCAGAUAAUAAGCUGAGUGUUAAAAAGCCCAGAAAGUAUAGUCCUGGGUUCUCAUUUUCAGCUUUUUAGAGAGUAAGAAGACAUUCUUUUCAGGAAGUGGGUAUAUAGUAACAAUCUUAAAUAUCCUGCCACGGUAACCAGACACUCCAUACUACAUGGAAACCAUAGUAGAUGUUUUCAAAUAUAAUCAGUUCCUUCACAGCCAUUGUCCCCAAUGUUUUACCAAAGUUAUUGAAAUAAUACUUGUUUUGUCUCUAGGUAGGUCAGUUCAAAAUGUUAAAUAUGUUAUUUUGCUUUUAAUUCCAAAAUUUGGAAACUUUCUGAUCUAAAAAACUCACUGUCCAGUCGAUUCUGACUCAUAGGGACCCUCCCUAUAGGACAUAGUAGAACUGCGCCCAUGGGAUUUCCAAGGAGUGGCUUGCGGAUUCAGACUGCCGACCUGUUUCGGUUAGCAGCCGAACUCCUGGCUCCACUUUCUGGCUACUCUUGUUUAAAUAUAUUUUUGGAUAAAAAAGAACAGGUAGUUUUAUAUAUAAAGAAAUUGAGGUCCAGAAGGUUAUGACUUUGGUGAAGGCAGACUGGGAACAGAGCCAAGAGCAAAGAAAUGUGGUCUGACUAAAAGUCCUGUGCUCUUUUUACUGGACCACGCCGGGGUGGUGUUGUCUAGUUUUCCCACUGUGGCCAAGGGGCCCGGUCAUUCAAACUUUAGGUGUACAUUUUACCACCACACAUCAGUUCACUCUCAGCCUCCCAAAGAGUUGGAGACCCUUUGCUGAGUUUCUUUUUACACUCAACAUGUCCAUUUCCUGUAGUAUCCUUUUCAUUUGUGGGGAGCUGUGUGUGGCUAAAGUUCUAUAGAUGUAGGUGAAAAAUAGUGUGAGGCAUAGUCUGUGAUGGGCAUUUAUAACCUACUUGAAGAGUCAAGAUGUGAACCAUAAUAAUAGCUACGACGGCAGUGGGUUUUUAUUUUUCUAAAAUCAUUAUAUUUUGUCAUAAUCCCAGGAUAGCCUUAUCACUAGACCUGUUGGAGCAGGCAGAGUAGCUGUUUAAAAAGGAAGAAAGUGUUUAGAUUGCUGUGACCCAGUUGGAAUCAUCCCUUUAAGGGCCACUUCUGGCCAACAAUGCCAUCUGGUGGACAGUGAGAAGCUAUCCUGGUUCUUUGUUGGGUAAUUAGCUCAGCUAUUUUUAUAGUGGUUCUUUUGAAAAUUCAGACAUUCCAACAUGAAUCGUCUAUUAACAAAACCAAGCCCACUGCUGUCGAGAUGAUUCUGACUCAAAGCAACCCUAUAGAACAGAGUAGAACUGCCCGCAUAGGGUUUCCAAGGCCAAAAUCCUUAAAGCAGCAGACUGCCACAUCUUUCUGGUGAGUUCAAAUUGCCUGUUAUGAAACACGGAUUUUGCUUUUGUGUAGGGGCAAUUUCGUCUGAGAGAAAAACUUAAUGCAGAGUGUACAUCAUGAACCAAACCCAUCCACAUCCAGUGUUAAGACUUUGCGUUGGUUUUCCGAUAACGCUCCUUCCACCACUUCACGGUAAAGCAUGAGCUCUAACCCUUCGGAUGCCCACUCACUUCCACAAGCAAACUUUGCGUGUUUUUCAGGUUACUGGUAUUGUAUGUUUCUUAACUACUGUACUUACGUAUUUAUUAACGUGUAAAACUGCUGUUUAUCGCUCAGUGUGUCACUAAGUCUUCAUUUAUAUCUAACACAAUAUUGUUUCGUUUGACAUCUGUUUCCACAAAACAAGCAAGUAAAUUCUAGUUAUUUGACAAUUUUGAUGAAGAGUUCCCAUACAUGCCUCACGUGGAUUACCCAUUUUCAGAGACUUAAGGGACAAACAAAAUAAAUACAUGGGGGAGAUGAGACUACGCUGCUUGACCUGUAACAUAUCCUGGAAGUUGCUGCCUAUUGGACUACACCCUUGAUAGGCAUUGGUUUACCUGACGUUCACCUCUUGUAAAAGCAGUUCCAAGAAGCAGCUUCCUGCCCCUCUGCUCCUCUAGAAGAAGAGUGGCAGCGUGAAUGACUUUGUAAACCACUUUUGAAGGUGUGUUGGAAGUGUCAAACAGCUCAUGUGUUAAUGGAAAAGGCUGGAAGAUCACCUAAAAAAUGUCCACAACAUUUGAUUUUUUUUUCUGUUCUUCAUAGAGUUGUGUAAUAUUUGCUUCCUCUCUGAAGCUUCUUCCCUAGCCCUCAGGCAAAAUAAGUCUUUUGAUGGCACUGUUUUUUUUUGGGGGGGGGGAGGGUAUAUGUUAUGUAGCAUUUAGCACAGAUGGCACAAUUCUGGGUUCCUAAAGAAGUAUUUUUCUUACCACCUAACUUUUAUUACCACUGCUAAGCAAGGGUUCAAUAAAUGAUUUUGAAGCGAUUGUAAAAGAUAGUUCUAUGCUGCAAGGAUAUCCUCGUAUUGCAACUCUCAUUUUUUGCAAGGCACACGUGGCUAGCGACAAUAAUCCCUGCAUUUUCUUUAUCAUGAACUUCCACUUGGUAACCCCGUAUGCCCCACCUCGACGAGUCUGUGUUCUGUAUUCUGCAAUACUAAUGGGGCCUGUAUGCUGUCACGAGAGCUAAGCUGGCUCUCUUUGGGAAAGGAGUUAGGAGUUAGUCCUAAUUUUGCACUUUCGUCCUCAUUUGUAUUUGUUCACUGACCCAGCUAUCCAAAUCUUGAACCAUCUGUCAAAUCUGGGGUCAAAGAUGAAAGUUGAAGGGCGCAACACGGGACUCAUUUUUCUUUAGAAUGCACCUCCUCUCAAAGUGGAGCCCAGUUAUGGCCCCUACAUAUAACACAUGUCCUGCAGUAUAUCCACCAUUAGUCCCAAGGCUGAGCUCUUCUUCACAGGCAAGCCACAAUGAAGAACGGCAAUUCUGUAGUAUUACCUACAGCUGGUUGACUCAUGGACAGAGAGCCAAAUGAGGGCAGCUUAUGUCAGCUGUGAAAACCUCUCCAAGAAAGCAAACUAACUUUGUAUGCACCCAGUGACCCAGAGCUUGCCAACAUCUCAUUUUUGUUUGAAUAUCAACUUAGAAUUCAUUAGAAGAGCCAGGUUGGUGGCUGUGAGAGCCAAAAUACUUUGUAAACUACUCAGUUCUCACACCUUCCAUAUGGUUUCAAGGAGGGAAUAUCUAGGUUAAUCUAGUUGCAGUGUAAUUAAGGAUGUCAUGAAAGGCCUGAGCCUGAAUCCUGUUGACAGCCUUGGUAGAAUACUGCUUUGUAUCUUGGCCAACUUGUCACACCCCAGUUCAGUGUACUGAAUAGAUGUAAAAUUUCUAAAUCACAUUUUCUUUUUCCUCUCCCAUGGCUAACAAUCCUGUUGUGGAUAGGUGGGCAUCAGGCUGAAUCUGUAUCUAUGUUAUCUGUAUGUAUGCAGAAUGUACACACGCACACACAGAGGUAAGAUAAAGAGCAUUACUCUUCUGAUCCUUCAAACUGAAGAAUUCCAGGGGCAAAAUACUGAAUGAUGCAGGAAGCAUCAAAAGAAGAUGGAAAGGAUAGACAGAGUCGCUGUACCAGAAAUAAUUGGUCAACGUUCGGUCAUUUCAGGAGGUAGCAUAUGAUCAAGAACUGAUGAUACUGAAGGAAGAAAUCCAAGCUGCACUGAAGGCACUGGUGAAAAACAAAGUCUCCAGGAAUUUGACGGAAUACCAAUGGAGAUGCUUUGACAAACCGAUGCAGUACUGGAAGUGCUCAUUUAUCAAUGCCCCAAAAUUUGGAAGACGGCUACCUGGCUAACUGACUGGAAGAGAUCCAUAUUUGUGACCAUUCCAAAGAAAGGUGAUCCAAAGAAUGUGGAAGUUGUCAAACAAUAUCAUUAAUAUCACACAACUAAAAUUUUGCUGAAGAUAAUUAAAAUACAGGUACAGCAGUACAUCAACAGGGAACUGACAAGAAAUUCAAGCCAGAUUCAGAAGAAGACAUGGAAUGAGGGAUACCAUUGCUGAUGUCAGGUGGAUCUUGGCUGGAAGCAGAAAAUACCUGAAAGGUGCUUACCUGUAUUGACUAUGCAAGGGCAUUUGACUGUGUGGGUCAUAACAAAUUAUGGAUAACGUUGCAAAGAAUGGGAAUUCCACAACACUAUACAUAGUUAUUUAAACAGAACAAGGGGAUACUGAGUGGUUUUAAAUCAGAAAAGGUGUGCGUCAGGGUUCUAUCCUUUCACCAUACUUACUCAACCUGUAUGCUGAGCAAAUAAUCUAAGAAGCUGGACUAUAUGAAGAAAAAUGCGGCAUUAAAAUAUGACACAACCUUGCUUGCUGAAAACAAAGAGGACUUGAAGCACUUACUGAUAAAGAUCAAAGACUACGGCCUUCAGUAUGGAUUACACCUCAGCAUAAAACAAAAAUCCUCACAACUGGACCAAUAAGCAACAUCAUGAUAAAUGGAGAAAAGACUGAAGUUGUCAAAGAUUUCAUCUUAUUUGGAUCCACAGUCAACACCCAUGGAAGCGGCAGUCAAGAAAUCAAAUGAUGUAUUAUUGCAUUGGGCAAAUCUGCAAGAGACCUCUUCAAAGUGUCCAUCAGCAAAGCUGUCACUUUGAGGACUAACGUGCACCUGACCCAACCCAUGGCCUUUUACGUUGCCUCAAAUGCAUGCCAAAGCUGGACAAUGAAUAAGGAAGACCAAAGAAGAACUCAUGUCUUUGAAUUAUGGAGUUGGAGAAGAAUAUUGAAUGUAUUAUGGACUAUCAGAAGAAUGAGCAAAUCUGUCUUGGAAGUACAGCCAGAAUGCUCCUUAGAAGCAAGGAUGGCUAGACUUCAUCUCACAUACUUUGGACAUGUUAUCAGGAGUGACCAUUCCCCGGAGAAGGGCAUCAUGCUUAGUAAAGCAGAUGGUCAGCAAGGUAAGAUGGUCAGUUGGUAAAAGAGGAAGAUCCUCUGAGAUGGAUUGACACAGUGGCUGCAACGAUGGGCUCAAACAUAGCAAUGACUGGGGAUGGCGCAGGACCAGGCAGUAUUUCGUUGUUGUACUUAGGUAUGAGUUGGCACCUAACUACAAUUCUUCUGAUGCUCAUUAUUCAGAUAUCAUUAAACCCAUACCCCAUCUACCAAAGGGAAGUACAGGAAAUCCAACAAUGAUUUGUAUGUAAUCAGGAAAAGGAAUUGAUACUCAGAUAUAAAUGAUGCAAUCAUAGACUAAAAUGAGAGGAAACUUAAUAUUCAGCAUAAUUCAGAAGUUUUUCAAAAUAUUCUACACAUUUAAUAUUUACUACACCAUUAUCUGGAGGAAACUUACAUACUCAGAUGAGCAUCAGAGCCAAUCAAAAGGAUAGAAGAAACAAGGUCAAUGGCCAGAGUAAUCGCUCCAUUAGAGGUCUGAUCAGCAAUGCAAAUCCCAACCUUCUAAAUAUCCAGAAAUGCCUUUAACGAUGUUUAAGUAUUAAGGUCCUUUCCAAACAUCAGACUUAACAGGAACUAGGCCACUAUUGUGAAAUUCAGUGGCAGUACGGCCAUGGGUAGGUUGGUUUGCUUUGAAAUAAGCCACUCUGGGGAAUUACUUCAGCUAUUCCCAAGAGGUUGUAGUAUGGUUAGAAGGUGACUCAAGAGACAGCAAGAGAAACAAAAACCUUUUAAAAAUCACCAAAGACUCUGUGUUCUCUGUAGGCGUUAGGGGACCAGGAGGGGCUUUUCUACCCCAGAAUAUCUUGGUUUUAAAUUAAUUUCACAUCAAACUGAAAUUAGGGGAGCAUAUGAAAGUAUUAGGCAAAAAGGUAACAAUUUAGUGAGUCCAGUCACAUUUAGAAAAAUGGCAUUAAAAAGCCAAAAACUCACCACAAUAAGAUUCACAAAAUCAUUUGAAAUAUCCCUCAGCCCAAUAUUUUUUCUAGCCAACUAGUCAUUGUUCAUCCCACUAACUCUUGGGCCAGGUGUGGUAAUUAAUGUAAACGUUAACUGCUCACGUUCCUGCUGAACCCUGCCUGGAGUGGAGGGUGCCAUUAACAGCCUACACUGAGUUACAACACAGUGGACAUUAGCAAAAGCAGAACAAAUACCCACAAGUAACUUGCCAGAUGUCACAACUUGGGGCUACUUUUUUUUUUUUUUCUUUUAAGCUGUGUGACAGUUGUUUUCAGAAGAAAAGGAAAGGCCGUCCCCUUAGAAUCACGCAGGUGUCAGUGGAGGGCUGUGUGUUUCCAAUAACUGAUAAAUAGGUUUAGGACUAUGUGAGCUUCAAGUAAUUAACUAAUAACAGCAGUCAGCUAUUAAAACCAAGACACCAGAUUAAAGCAGUCUGCCCAAGGUAACCCAGUAAGCAGCAGGACUCAGUUAAACCCAGGUCUGUCGGACUACAGACUCUUUCCUGCCACCUGCUCCCCUCUCCCUCUCCCUCUCCCCCUCCCCCUCCCCCUCUGUCUUAGCCUGUAGGAAAAACAAACUUACUUCAAACUGUCUGGUCAAAUACUUUUAAGUUCACACAUGAUUCCUCUUCACUGCGCCCGUAAGUAACAAAUGCUGGAAUUACUUUACAAGUAAGUUGGGGCACUUAUUUGUGACUGUCCAUGAAGCCUGAAGAGACCAAGAACCCUAACAAGAAUAAAAGAUAAGGAAAGAUAAUUGUCACAAGAAAAUGGUGGUAGUCAUGGCGAUGCAAAAGAAACCCCCAGUAGUAUGCAUGUCAAAGAGGGAGAACACUGGAACAAGCCAACUUUUCGUAAAGUCUUUUUAAUGGAAAAUGUAAAACCCCUUUCAACUUUAAUGUACAAAGCCAUAUGUAACACUUGCACUUUAACAAAUAAAAGCAAGCCAAUGCUUUAAAAAAAUACAUCAUUAAAUGUAUAUAUGUAUAUAUUUACAGAGCAUAUUAAGUUUAAUAUUUAGCUUUAAAAGUUCACAUAAAUUUACCAAAAUGAGACAAUUUUAAAUAAAUUACACCUUUUGAAAAUGUUUAAUUGUACAGUGAAUAGCUUCAACAAAAUAUUGAAGUGUCUGUAUUUAGUUAUCUACUUUAUACUUUGUAUUUUACAAAUUUUACAAUUAUUUGGCAGUAAUUUUCUGACUAUGACAUGACUGCUGUGCGAUUCAGCAAUUUCCCAAAUGCAGGCAAUAGCUGGUGUUUGUGUCCUAUUCUCACAGUUAACUGUCUCAAUGUAGUGAAAAAUAUCAGUUAUUUUAGCAAACUGUACAAGGUCACAUUUACACUUGAUCAACAAUAUAGCAUAGAAUUUUGUCUUUUUUCCAAAAAUAAAUACAUCAUUUUAAAUCUUGCAUUUUCACAAACUUAAUAUACAGUAUAAUACAAAAACAGCUGUGAAGGGCUGCUUUUUAAAUUUAGCUUGUUUUAAUAACUAAUAUUGAAUCACAGUAGCUGUGACAUAUGCUAUACUGCUGCGGUGUCAGUAACAAGUAAUUACUACAAAGAGAAUUUCUUGGCACUGAUGGUUUCAUGAAGUUUAAGUCAGUGUGCAUACAUAUCAUAGUUCAAGGAUAAGUAAUCCCAGUUUGACAGGCUAGAAACACCUAACUGGACCACACUUAGUUUUCUUCCAUAUCCUCUACUUCAUCUUCAUGUAUCUUCAAAGCUCUCACCAUUUCCUUGACUGCAUGAUACAAAAUAUUUUUCACCUGAAAGAGAUGUUGGUAUUUAUAGUCACUUCAGUUGGAGACAAAUGAACAAAUGAAAAUUGGGUUCAAUUAAAACAGGCAAAAUACAAUUUAACAGGGGCCAAAGAAGGCCAAAUUUAAAGGAAAAAAGUCAUUAAACAAAAAAAUUGAAAGGCCACAAUUAAAUACAUAUUGGUGUUACCUUUGGCCGUCACCCUUGUGUGACAAACUAGGCAAUGACCACCCCUAAACUGAACGUUUCAUAUUUCUGAAGAAAAAAGCCUGUAGGACACGAUCUAGUUAGGAAAUUCAUUUCUUACCUGUAAUUUAUCAUCAUAAUUGAUUUCUUCUUUCAAAAGUCUCAGUUCCUGUGUUAAGUGAAAUGACUGUACGAGAUGUUCUGGAGACACGAAGUCUUCAGUUACCUGAAUACAGCUGUGAAAAUUCUGUACCUAUCCCCGAAAGAAAAAGUGAAAUAUAAUUUUUAGGAGGGGGAACAAAGAACAGCAAAUUUGUCUAAUAUGGACAAUUCUACUGGAUAACUUAUCUUCUCUAAAACGUCCACGAAUUUCAAAUCGGAUGAGAAAGUUAGGAUACUGAGAAGCUUCAUGUAUACUGACUUCAUAAAUGGAAUACUUUUUAAAAGUACAUUUUAACCAAGUGUACAAUUCAGUGGCAUUAAUUACAUUCUCAGCGUUGUGCAACCAUCACCACUAUCCUUUCCAAACGUUUUUCAUCAUCCUGAACAGAAACUGUGCCCAUUAAGCAGGAACUCCCCAUUCACCUCUCCUUCCAGUCCCGGUGAACAUCUAAUCUACUUUCUUUCCCUGCAUUUGUCUAUUCCAGAUAUUCCAUGUAAAUGGGAUCACACAUUAUUUGUCCUUUUGUGUCUGGCUUAUUUCACUUAGCAUAGUUUUUAAGGUUCGUACAUGUAAUAUUGUGUAUCAGAAUGGCAUUCCUUUUUAUGGCUGAACAGUAUUCCUGGAAUACUUAAACGAUGAAUAGAACUUUCCCAGGAAUCAUUUUGGAAAGGCCGAUAAUCAGAUCCUAAAUUAUCAGUUCUGUCAAGAUGGAUUAAAAAAAAAAAUGUGUUAACUGGAAAGAAUCUGUUUUACCAGUGACAUCAAUCUGAGUAUGUUUGUUGUUGUUCCUUUGGUUUGCAGCAUUUUAGUCAUUUCAUUGCUAACUUUGACAGCAAAGGGUGGGUUAAAGAAAAGGAAAUGAAACUUGGUUCGAUUGUGAGGAGCUGAGAGGAAACCUGUAGUUCAAGCAGGUCUACUGACCACAACAGUUUUAGAAUUAUCCUAGGAUUAUGCUUAUUUGUGCCUUUCUUUCAAAUUAACCAUUUAAAGAUAGCCUUCAAUUUCCUAUUGUAUCAGGUUUUCACAAGGAGUCAAUACUCUCAUCUGUUUUUUUUUUUGUUGUUGUUCAGCAUGUGCAAAAGGACUCCACCCUUCAUUAUUUCUUAGGACUGCUUUUUAUUAAUGCUCAGUAUUGACGACAGAGGAAGGCCCAAGCUGAUACCAUCUGGAUAUUGUAAUUUUUCUAGGUUGUCUUUUAGCGGUAUCAAAAGAUGUCACAGAAUUCCUGGGAAAGGAGAAAAAACUGGUGUGGUUCUCAAAGUGUAGUCCGUGGACAGUAUCAUCAGCAUUUCCUGGGAGCUUGUUAGAAAUGAAAAUUUUUAGGCCCCUAAACCCCUCCCCCAAAAAACCAAACACACUGCCAUCGAGUCAAUUCUGACUCAUAGCGACCCUGUAGGACAGAGCAGAACUGCCCCAUAGGGUUUCCAAGGAGCGCCUGGUGGAUUCGAACUGCCAGCCUCUGUGUUUGGCAGCCAUAGCACUUAACCACUAUGCCACCAGUGUUUCCUUUAAGCCCCUAGACCUACUAAAUCAGAAACUCUAGGGGUGGGGCACUGCAAUCGAUGUUUUAACAAGCCAAGCAGGAAAUUCUGAUGUAUGCUAAAGCUUGAGAAUCACUGACUUAAGAGUUUGGGAUUAUUUAGGGGCCACCUGUAUCCUACUGGAAAAGUUGAUGCCACCAAUAAACAGUUUUCAAAACCUCUAAGAACUAAAUAGGCUGUAGAUAACAAUGUAUCUCAAAUCUAAGUUAAGAUUAUGAAUGAAGUCAUCACUUCCUUCCUGUAUUGUCACCAACUGUGAGCCAUGGAUAGCAUUCUCUCAACAGAGGACAAAGAACUGGCUGUCAUUACCAUGCCACACAGGGAGGUUUUUAUAAUUGGCCAUUUUUCUAUGUCAAAACUGCAGCAGUUAACCUUUUGUCUUGAAUCAUUCAACAAUUUAGUGGCGUAAUUCAGAACAGAAUUUGCUACUCUAGGUCACGUAUGCUGCCUCAGCCUAUUCUUUUAUCAAAGACAAAACUUGCUUUCUACACUCUACAAGAAUUUUUUUAACAAAUCUCAAAAGAAAACAUGUCUAGUACAUGUGUAGAGUCAUAACUGGAAUUUGGAUUCUAACCUUAAGUGAACUUUCUGAAGUACUCAGAAGACACAUAUAGGAAGAGGUCAAAAUUUAUAAAUGUAUAUAGAAAUAGUAUAAUAUACAUAAAUUAUGGAAAUCCCUAAAUGUUGCUUUCAUAUAUACUUGUUCAAAAAUUUGUUGUAAAUGAGAACAUAUUUUCAGGACUUCUAGAAAAAGGUCUUACAAAUAUGUAUUUUAAGUGCAUUGUUCUAGGCAUGGGGAAAGAGCAAUGAAAAACAAAUUCCUGACCUCAUGAAGCUUACAUUCUAGUGGGGAUUAGUUAAAAGACAAUAAACAAAAUAAUAAAUCAUAAACCAUAUUAGAAAGUAAUGAUUACAAUGGAAGAAAAUAAAGCAGGAAAGAAGACAGGGAAUUGGGGGACACAAUUUGUACUUUAUCAGGUUGUUAGGGAUAACCUCACCAAAAAGAUAACAUAAGAAGAAUGUGAAAAAACACAUCUUAGACUGACUUUUUACAGGGUUCCUUUUCAUCCUAAAAACACUCCUAGAAGAAGAAUGUAGAGAAACCUUUUUGAUGUUGGGUUAGGCAAAAAUUUCACAGAUAAAACAAAAGUAUAAUUCAUAAAAGAAAAAAACUGAUCAACUGAACUUAAUCAAAAUUAAAAACUUCUGUGCUCCAAAGACAUCAUUGAAAGAACAGAAAGACAAGCCCCCGACUGUGAAGGUUAUACAGAUUAUCAGAUAAGGACUUGUAUCUGGGACAGACGAGGAACACACAAAACUCAGCAGGAAAAAAUACCUAAAUAAAUAAAAAGAUGUACUGUGUUACAUCACUAUGUGUUUGACAAAACUUUUAGAAUUAUACACUAAAAAGUGUGAAUUUCACUGGAUGUAAAUUAUACCUCAAAGAGAAAAGAAAAAACAAACAAAAACAACUGCACUCUCUGGUUAAACUUUAAAAAAAUGUGAUAUUUGGUUACGUUGAACAUAUGAAAAAGGAUUUUCAAUAGCAACUGUUUUGUAUUAGCAAAGGACAGGCUCCUAGUGUGGGCAAAAGGCUAUGCCCUCGACUACUAGCAGAGAGGCUGGCAGUUCAAACCCACCCAGGGAUGCCUUGGAAGACAGGCCUUGCCAUCUGCUUCCGAAAGGUCACAGCCUUGAAAACCUAUGAAGCAGUUCUAUUUUACACAAAUAGGGUUGCCAUGAGUCACAACUGACUCGGUAACAAUUAACAACAUUCCAGUUUACAGAAAUGCAGAUAAUAUUUAUAUACAGUGAAAUUUACUUUUAGCAUACAGUUCUUUAAGUUUUGUCAAAUGCAUAGUCAUGUAACACAAUCAAAAUAGAACAGUUCCAUCACUCCAAAAAAAAGUCACACCCCUUCUUAGUCAAACUCCUCCUACCCAAUGUCCCUACAACCACUUACCUGUUUUCUGUUCCUAUCUAAUAAAAACCCAAACCUGUUGCCAGAGUCGAUUCCAACUCAUAGUGUCCCUAUAGGACAGAGCAGAACUGCCCCACGGGGUUUCCAGGGAGCAGCUGGUAGAUUCAAACUGCCGACCUUUUGGUUAGCAGCUGAAUGCCUAACCACAGUGCCACCAAGGCCCCUCUGUCCCUAUAGUUAUGCCCUAAUGAGAAUGUUGUAUAAACAGGAUCUUGCAAUAGGUAGCCUUUUUAAGUCUGACAUUUUUUUACCUAAUAUGAUUUUACUUAUACUAUUCCCUUAAAUAGGCUGUUCCUCUGAAGGCAUUUAUGCAAGUUAACAUAAAUAUUUUUUCUCUAGGAUGUUAUUGUAUAGAAGACUGUACAUUUAUUAUUAGUUAUAUUUUAUAUUUCACUAUUAUUAAUGCCAUUUGAGAACUAAGACUGAUAAAUCUGAUCCUGAAUUUGGUAUCUUAAAAACUAGCUACUGUUUUCACUUUAAGAGUGUUUUUGCAAAUAGUCUUUCAAAUGCUAAAUAGGCAGCCUGCUGCAUCUAUCCUUAUAUAACAUGUGGGAAACUUCCUCAGACGCACACCCAGCAGAGACAUCUCAAUUACUAGGCGCUGGGAAAGCUGGGAACCAACUCAGGGGAAAACUAGCUUCUGGGAUCUCAGCUUUCAUGUGCACACUUUGUUCCUAAGAAGGGCUAAGGUGGGCUGCGGUAGCCCCAUCCCACUAUACCUAGAGGAAUCUACUGUAUGCUUCCAGUCCUCCCCUCCACAUGCGCCAUCUCUUCUGUGCCAUUCCUCCAGAUGCCACAGUCAAGCCACAGAAACAAAGAGUAAGCCUUUAACGUCUAUUUGUUUUUUAAGUUUUGUGCAUCUGUUACUAUAGAAAUUAUAUAUUGCAUUUCUUUUGGCAGGAGCGCAUUUCUUUUGAUAGGGUUCCUGCCGUGUUAGCAUGCUAAAAGGAGGCAGAAGGCACACCUAAAGCCUCAGUUAUGGAACAGUCAAGUCAGUGACUCGUUCUUACACUUGGUGCCUUAGAAUACCCACGAUCUGUAAGUCUUGGUCCUCCUCUUCCCACUUUUAAGCUUCACAAUUGAAAAUUAUUUUAUAGUAACUACUUCCCCUAAAAGAAGUCUUAAAAAUGAAAUUAUAUUUUAAUCCAUUCAGUCAGACAAGAGGAAAAUGGAAACUUGGUUUAUGUUAAACAAGUUAAGUUGUUAAACUUAUUUAAUCAUGCCAGAUCUCCCUAAGCCGUAGAAAGGCAUUUUGGUGAUUUCUUAAUGAAGGCAGAUGGUGUAGGCCAUUCCCUUACUUAUGUCUUCUUCCAUUCAUAUCAAUACUCAGAAAACUGUUUCUUCUUCCCCUAAAAUUGGCUCUUUCAAUACCAGGUGUGGUAAAAUUUUUAUAUACCUGAUGAAGUGCUCCUGCUGGCAAGAUAAUGGCAUCUCCAAGGAACUGGAUAAGAGUACAGGUUUUGACUCCAUAUUCUUCAAACAGUCUCUGGCGGAGCUUUUUGUUCACAUACCAACUUUGGUCACGUAUUGGAUCAUGUUCUGGUAGAAUUUCAAGGCCUUGUUCUUUUGAAAUCUGAAAUAUGGAUUAAAAUUAAAAUAUACGCCCCAAUUUUUAAAUAAGGGAAAUAUUAAAUCCCGUUCAGUUAAAUUUCAAUUUUCUUUACCAGUCUUUUGUUCUCAGAAUCUUAAGAAUCACUGACUACACUUCUUGAGUUAAAGAGUUUAACAUUCUACAAUAUUUUGAAAGCCAAAGAAUAACAGAACAAUAUGGCACACUGGUAUGUUGUUCAUAAAGUGCAUCAUACACCCUUCUCAACUCCCUCCAUUAUAAAGUUUCCAUCCACGUGGUUCCUUUUCUUACGCUUGCAUUAAGAAUACAGCACAAAGCUGAGGAAGAGUUUAGUUGCUUUUUUCCCAAAAGCCCAAUCAUUCCUAUAUAUGGAUUUCAUAAACAUUUCUUGAUUGCUGCUCUUUUUUUAAAGAUAAGUACAAAGAUAAAUACCUUUAUAUUACUAGAACUUCUAACCCUUGAAAAUCAAUUUCAGGGGCCUUUUUACCAAUCAGUGAAAUGAUCUUGUUUUAAAAGGCAUAAUUUGUCAUACUGUAGAUUAAAAUACCAGCAGGUAUUCGGGGAUAAGGUAGUAGUACAGAGUGACAGCUUCCUUACUUCACAUUGAUCACAAGAAGGACAAAGUAAAACAAGAUAGGCAUGAGUGAUGACCCAUUAAAAAAAUCCUCAUAACUGUAAAAUUUAAAAAAUAUUUGAGGGAAGGGUUUGAACCAUUCAUUUCAAAUUUGUCGCUUUCUUUCAGUGUGUCUAACAACUAAAUGAAUGGUGCCGUUUCUCAAAAUUUCAGUCUACUCAAAUACAUGUUGCAGAGGGGUUAGAUGUGAUAGUGUGGAAUCAGCCAAAAAUAUCAGACUAAAUAGUAAAGAUCCUACCUUCUUAUGAUGUUUCCAUAAAGCAUCGGUUUUUAUACCCUUUCGCCUUCAAUCCCUAAGAAUAACACCUGGCACAUCAACAGAAUAGUCCUUUACUAUAAGGGGUUGGGGAGCACUAGUAACUAAGAAGAAAUUGCCAUCCAAAAGCUUCAACAUGAAAAAGGUUUCACAGGUACAAGGAAGAGAAUCUUUUGACUUUCAACAAAUACUUAAAAAUUCCCUCAUCUCUUGAAGUAAAAAUCAUUUAAUGACCUUGUAUCGCUGAAUGCCAAAUGAGGUUAUCUUAAAAAUAAGCCCUUCUUCAAAGUGGAGAGAUACAUUAUUUGCAACAUAAAUUAUACCUUUUGAAGAAAUUCCCUUAUCUUGUCAACGUCUUUCCCAGCAUAAAUAUGCCACAGAGCACCAGGUAUCUCACUUGAGUCUUUCAAUCUUUUUCUCAGAACAUCAUCCAAAUCUUCUUCCUCAAACUUCUUAAGUAUUCCUGAGAUACGGAAGAGUAUUUUCAGAUUGGUCAGUAAAGAUCAUCAGAAAACUAAAUCUCCUAAAACUGAUUUAAUCAGAGCAGCGAAGUGCCUCACUGAAUCCAGGAAUCUUGAGCAACAGUCAAAUACAGUUAUAUAUUUAAAACUGUUAGAACUGCUCUGUGUAACUGGGUAUAGAAAACCAAAAACCAGACUCGUAGCCGUAGAGUUGAUUCUGACUCAUAGUGACCCUAUAGGACAGAGUAGAACUGCCCCAUGGUUUCCAACGAGUGCCUGGUGGAUUCGAACUGCAGACCUUUUGGUUAGCAACUGUACCACUUAACCACUACGCCACCAGCGUUUCCAACUGGGGAUAGAACAGUCAUUUUCUCAGCUCAUCUGUUUUCUGCAAACCAAGCAGGAGAGUAAAAAAAAAAAAAAAAAAUCAAGAGCUUCUACUCAAACUUAACCAAAACUUUCUCUCUGUCCCAAGGAUGUGGUCCUAAUGAUGACCUGUACUUAUAGACCAUUCCUUAAUUUACAAAGGCCUUUCCUGAUUUUUUUUUUCCAUAAGUACUCAGGUCAGAUAGGCAGGGAUCACAACACAUCUAUUUUACACCUGAGCAUUUGCUCAGGUUCAGCAAGGUGAAGGAACUUGCUCUUUACACCCUAACUAAUAAAUGGCAGAACAAAAUGUCUUCUGACUCUAGUUCCUGGGGGAUCUGCUAUAUUAUUAUGGCUCAUCUGUAAACAAAUGCAAACGCUUCAUGAACAACUAAGUUGUGGUUGUGAGGAAACGUCAGACCAUUCUUCUUAAAAAAAAAAAAAAAAAGCCGUGUGUGUGUGUGAGAUAAAAAACAAAUUUUGGAAGUACAUACACCAAAAAUAUUCACUGGUUGUCUCUGACUGUGGAACUAAAGGAAGGUUUUCUUUUUCUUAUUAUCUGAAUUUGAUUUCACCAUAAUGAACAUUUUGAAGAAAUGUUCUUUUAAAAGAACAAGAAAUACAUUAUCCCCUAUAAAGGAUACAUCACGUUUCCUAAUUUGUGACAAUAAAAUCUUUUUAUAUUUUUAAACUUGGCUGUAAGGAUCUCUCAAUUCAAACAUUUAUUGUUUACUAUGUGCUACGUGGAGCCCUGGUGGUGCAGUGGUUGAGAGCUUGACUGCUAACCAAAAGGUCAACCAGCUCAAAUCCACCAGCCACUCCAUGGAAACCCAAUGGGGCAGGUCUACUCUGUCCUACAGGGUUGCUAUGAGUUGGAAUCGACUCUUCAGCAACAGGUGUUUUAUGGGUAUGCGCUAAACCCUGUCAUAAGAUGUUAGGAGUACACAGAUCACUGGUUUGGUUCUCAAAUAUUACCUUGACAAAGCUCCCCUCCUCCCAAUCCAUGGUAAAACAAGAAAAUUAAGGACAAUGUAAAAUAAUUAUCAUAAAAAAAACUACCCUUUGCUCAGAUUAUACCCUUCAUAUGAGAAGGGUUUAAAAUGUUUUCUCUUUAAAGUAACAGUUGAUGGUUUUUAAAAAGUGCUUUCUUAACAAAACUAAAAGUUGGAAACCUUAGGCUGGAUUUCUAUUUUUUCUCCUUUCAAUUUUACUGCUCUGUGGAUUAAAAGGAAACCCAGGUAGCAUAGUGGUUAAGAGCUAUGUCUGCUAACCAAAAGGCAGGCAGUUCGAAUCUGCCAGGCACUCCUUGGAAACCAUAUGGGUCAGCUCUACUCUGUCCUAUAGGGUUGCUGUGAGUCGGAAUAGACGGCAACGGGUUUGGAUUUUUAUGGAUUAAAAGGGGGGAGGGGUGGGAGUAGAUGAUACGUCACAAAGAAGGAAAUGACUGGCUGGGGUAGAGAAGUUUAACUUUUUCAGAUACAUUUUGAAGAAUAAAUACAGAAUUUGCCAGGAAGACAAAGAGGUAGGAGAGUCCUUGUAGGAAGAGAAGAAGGCACAUGCUUCAAGAGGAUGGGUAUUUCUCGAUGUGUUUUAAGCAUUAACAUAACCCUGAAACAUUGUUUGUGUCCACCUAUAAAAAGUGACAAGAAGUUUAGAUAAAGAAAGAGAGCCACAGAAUUAUUAAAAAUGUUGAAAGUUUCCUCAAAAGACUAGAUAAUAUACUGGGAUAGGGGGUGGUGGUGUGUGUGGGACCAAAGAUGAACUACAAAGUUCUAGCAUUUAAGGAAAUGAAAAAAUAGUGAGGAAAAAAGACAGGCGUAACAAUUGUAUUGAAGAGUAAGUGCUAUAGGGAAUGAUUGACUUGGAAAGGGUAAGUAAUCUGAACCAUAGGGCACAAACUUCUGUAGUAUGGCUGAGAUUACAAUUCAAGUGUGCCUGACUCUAGAAUCUCUGGGAGGAAAAAAAGUUCCCACCUGUUAUAGUGAAAAUUGUCCGUUAAGGAGGCUGAGAAACAAAAUUUAAGUUUUUACAGUUUUGGGGAAUUCAGGCUGUGUGUUAUAGAAAUUGUCAAAUAUACACAAACACAGAAUAAAUACUAUGACGGAUCCCCAUGUUCUCAGCUCCCAGCCACUAAGCUUUGGAUGCAUUCUGGGCUCCAGAUAUACAAUUAGUACUCUACGUGGUGGUGGAAGUCAUGUAUAGAAUUUCACAGGAGGAGCAUGUAAAGUAGAGAACAAAGCCUGUAACUCUGAAAGAAGAGCAACAUUAAAUGGAAGCUGCAAAAAAAAAAAAAAAAAGACUGAAAAA